GUUUUAAAGCUUCUGAUAUCAGUGAAUGCUUAUAUAAAAUUCAUAAUGAUAGUAUUAGACCAAAACAUUUCCUUAGUGCAGACAAUGAAAAUGAAAUAGAAGCCAUAUUCUCAGAUUGUGAAGGCCAUUCCUUACACGAAUUUAUUGAUAGAGAUGAGCUACUCCAUCCUGUUAUAGACUUUGAUUUACCAAUAGAAACAUUAAAUGCUAUUACCCUUAAGAUUUUAGGCG